AUGUCAUCUCAAAUGUGGGAGCCGAAACUUCUCGUUUCUCAUUUGCCUCGAACGGUCGAAACACUCUCUUUGAUUAUGCCAAGCCGUGAAGUCGUACAUGAAUUGGUUCAUAUUGCCAAACAUCUCGAUAACCGCUUAUUUUCUUUGCAACUCCUUUGCAUGAACUCUGCUGUCGUCACGGACGGUCUUCUGUGUGAUCUUGCGCCGCAUGUGCCGCGGCUUUCGCGGCUCUCGCUGGUUGGGUGCAAGCGAGUACAUGGCCCUGGCGUGCGCGCACUUGUCAAUAAGUCGAUUCGUGAUUUGUCCUUGGAGUCUGUGGCCUUGGACGUCGGUGUUCUUGCCACCCUGGCACCGGAUGUGGUACAUUUGAAGCGCCUAACCCUCACACCCCCACGGCACGUGCGUGAUAUGAAAUCGUUCUACGAUGAGGCCAGUGUAUUGAUCGAUGCUUGCAACGCACUCGAAUGCCUCACACUCUAUGCGCGUGGCGGAAGUAAGCCUGUGGUAGGACACGAUCUCGGAAGCACGGGCGACACGAGCCGUCUCGGUGAGGAUCAAGCCGAUUUAGAUGUUCAAGUCAAUCAUGUGGUUCAACCACCCUCUUCUCAGCAGCAGCUCACUCCAUCAAGCCCAUAUAUAAGCACAUUAUAUAUGGCCCGCCUGUGUGCGAGUUCAUCUGCACAUUCGCUCAAAACACUGCGCAUCCAAGGUCUCGGUAUGUCACUGGAUACACUUUCGAUGCUUGCGCAGUCACCACUCCAGCAUGUACUGCGCGAUUUAGACAUUCAUCUGUAUGAGGACAAUGUACCUAAACUGAUUGCGUGCAUCGCAUCAUUCGAGCGGCUAGAAAGUUUACACAUAUUUUCUGACCUACAGUCGCAUGCGCAGUUGUCGGACGGGGAUAUCUUGCGCCUCGCCAGGGAAGCUGGUGGCGAGUGGUUCUGUCAAAUAGGCUUUCAGAACCGGGUAUGGCAUGUCCGAUCGACGAGACAGGGUCGUGAACUAAUUCCCUGGGAUAAGAGUGCAGGCACAUUUCCUCAGAGUAUGCUUGUGGUGCGCAGCUGA